AAGGGAAAUGAAAUUUUGCUGUAACUUGGACAAGAAUUGUGGGUAAAUUCUGAUAGCUGUGAGCAGGAAGAAUCUCCUGUAGCAGUCUGCAUUACAGCCGCCCUGAACAAGCCUCUGCAUUUGACUGAAGUAUUCAUACCCUCUGAAUUUUGUUUUUCACAUUAUAACUAUAAACUUCACUCGUUUUUGUUUCCUUCCAACUUCUACAAGUAAAAAUAAAACAGCUAACAUCCCUUAUUCUGAUACCACUAAAUUAAGUCUAGCACAACCAGACACACGAUUAGCAAAUAUCAGCACAGAGUUUGUAAGUGGUUUGAAUAUUGUUGUGACUGAACUCAUAAAACAUUCUGAAAGAUUGCUGCUUUACAGUAUAAAGUAUUCACACUCCCCAAAGUCUUUCCCAUUCUGUCUUAGAGACCAGCACACAAUUACCAUUUAUCAGCAAAGAAGUAGCUAAGUUUGCAUCUCUUAUGGUAAAAUCUGUUAGUAGGAUGACUACUGAAUGUGCACACCACAAAUCUGGUCACUAUGGACAAGUGUCCAAAAGAAAACGAAUGGAUUAUCAUCGUAUUGCACAAGUCAUGUAGGCGGGAACAUGAGGAAGUUGAGGAAGAAGGUCAAAUUGACCCUGAAGUACUGACCCAGAGGGGCUCAAAUCCACAACACACUUCUUGAAUAUUUACUGUAGGCAGUUUUAUCAAAUUGAGGCUUAAAAAAAAUUAUUUAAUAAAAAUUCAAUAGAGUUUGCUGCUACAACACAACAAAAUGAAAAAUGGAAAGAGCUUCCCGUUUGUGGAACACUUUGCGACUCGCUAUUUUUAUUGCAAAUAAAUAAAUAAGUGAAACACGUUUUGUAAUUGUUGAACAGCUCUGCGGGUUGCCAGUGAUGCCUGGUGUUGCUUAAUUCCACUUUGCAGCCUCCCUGUAGUGAAGUGAUGGCAGCAACAAGGCAGAAGAUCCUUAUAUAAAGCCCAGUGUGCAGCAGCAUUCUCUCAACAGGACGUGUUGGAGGAGCUCCUCGACUUCUGGACAAAAGAAUGGCUGUCGGAACGCUGACUCUGUGGCUCCUCCUGGUGGGGACGGUGCUGUCGCUGGGCAGCGGUCAGCACUGGUCAUUCGGGCUGAGCCCAGGCGGAAAGAGGGAACUGGAUGGCUUCCCAAACACACUGGACAGCAUUUAUGAAGGUUUUGCUCACAUGGCUGCGCCUUGCAACGUUCUGGGCUGUGCAGAGGAGUCACUGCCUGCCAAAAUCUACAGAAUGAAAGGACUUCUUGGGAGCCUGUCUGAGAGGGAACACGGACAACAACCAUUCGAAAAAUGAUGUCUGGUGUGUUUUUAUGUGUUUAACUCAAACAUCAUUAGUUGCUGCAUAGUGGUGGCAUCAGGUUCACAACUUAUGAAUAAAAGUUGCUCUCAAUCUUUC